AUGGGUGUGAAGCAUAUAUUUAAAAAGCACGACAAAGCAAAGAAGCGCGUUAAGUCACCAGGAGCUGUCGGCCGCGAUGGCACUGUACAGUCGAGCCCGUCGUAUCAAUAUGCUAUAAAUGAGUUUGCCCAAACAGUUGCUCCUGCAACAUCAAACGACGAUGGAAAGUCAAAGUAUAGACAACAACAGCAAGAGCUGCAACAAAAUAUUUCAACUCCACAGCACCAGCAACAGCAAACGAUGCCGAAUCAGCAAUCGAAUAUAAGGCCGCAAGAUGGUGAUGCGGAAUCGGGAACCGUUGUGUUUGAUGAUCAGUCCACGGCUUCAUCCAGACGAACAAACGAAGGGGGAGGUGAUUCGAGAUACCCUUUCUCGCCGCAUGGAACUUUACCAUCGGAGUACAUGAUAUAUUCAGCCUUUUCGCAAACGUCACAGAGCCGACUACACCAAGAGCAGCAAUAUUAUCACCCAACAAUCGUCGAUGCAACAUAUGAUGAAAAGUACGGAGACGCUUAUCUCGGAGCUCCCAUCAAAUACAUUUACCCAUCAGGAUAUCAAUCAAUGCGGCCUAGAAGUGGACCAUGGAAGCUGAGCAUUUUUGUUUGUAUGAUGUUUACCUGGUUGUCGGUCUUUAUCAUUGGGCACUGUUCCGAUCACUAUGAGAGUAUUCCUCAGUAUGAAGUGGACGACGAUACUGUCAUGGCAAUCAACACACGAUGGUGUGGAUCACAACUACUAUAUAUGAUGUGGGUGCUGAGUAUGUCCAUCACCGGAAUGGCAGCAGCAUAUAUGGGUAUAAUUGGGUACAUCAAGAUGCGAGAUUUUGCAGUGGCCAAUGGAAGAAGUCAACCACCGGGGAUGACGGGACGUUCCGAUUACUAUGUAGCGAUUCGAGACGGUCCGUCUGAGAGUAGAGGAAACGACAGUGGCUAUCGCCCUUCCAUUUAUCAAGCAGAUGGAACACCACAGUUCUGGGGUGGUCAUAUCUACCGACCAACUCAGGCAGCUGUUGCAGUUACCAGUCGGUAA